CCGGGGAUCAGGUCGCAGGCCUGCGCUGUCUGGGUGGUUGCCCGAGUUCGCCCUGCCUCCCGCUCUCCCAGGAGCCUUCUCCGCGAGGGCGGGGCGAUGCGGGGGAACCGGCAGCCGAGGAUCCGCUCCGGGAACGAGCCUCAUCCCGCGCCCGCCAUGGAGCCGGCAGGUCGCGGGGCCUGGGCCCACAGCCGCGCCGCGCUCUACCGGUUGGAGAAGCUGCUGCGCUGCUCGCGUUGCACUAAUAUUCUGAGGGAGCCUGUGUGUUUAGGAGGGUGUGAGCACAUCUUCUGUAGUAAUUGUGUAAGUGACUGCAUUGGAACCGCAUGUCCAGUGUGUUACACCCCAGCCUGGAUACAAGAUGUGAAGAUAAAUAGACAAUUGGACAGCAUGAUCCAGCUUUGCAGUAAGCUUCGAAAUUUGCUACAUGGCACUGAUUUUUCAGAUUUGAAAGAAGAAACAUCUAGGAAAAGUUUAUUUAGUGAUGCAGAAUAUAAGAAGAAUUCAAUAAAAAUGUGGUUUAGUCCUCGAAGUAAGAAGGUCAGGUAUGUUGUGAGUAAAGUUUCAGUGCAAACUCAGCCUCCUGUGAUAAGUGAUGAAAAUGCUCAGCAGGCCUCCAUGUACGAAUUUGUCUCUACAAGCCCUCCAGUGGAUGUUUCUGAGAGGGCUAAGAAGGCUUCCACAAAAUCUGGAAAAAAACAGAAAAAGAAAACUUUGGCUGAAAUCAACCAAAAAUGGAAUUUAGAGGCAGAAAAAGAAGAUGGUAAACUUGACUCCAAAGAGGAAUUUAAGGAAAAGCUAGUAUCCUUCUGUAGCCAACCAUUUGUUAUUGCUAGUCCGCAGAUAAAUGGUAAAACAGACUUACUAGCAAGUGGCUCCGUAACAGAAUCUGAAUGUUUUAGAAGCUUAACUGAAGUCUCUUUACCAUUGGCUGAUGAGCAAAUAGAGUCUCCAGAAAUUGAGAGCAGGAAUGAAGAAGUGACUCCUGAGAAGACUCUCUGUGAAAACGAUCUUACAUCUAAGAAAUCCUUGCCAUCAGGUCAUAUUGGGAAACAUGGGCGUCGCAACAGACGUUCCAGUCCUGUUUCUAAGAGAUGUAGAAGCAGCAGUCCGAGCACCAGUGGAAAUUCAGUUAAGCAAACAGUGCUCUCAAAAAACGUGCCAUUGCCUGGAUGUUCUUCACCACCUUCAAAGGAACUUACAGUUGGUGACACACUGAGGAGGAAAAGCAGUAAUAUAUUAGAUGAAUCCAUUAACCUCUCACCAGGUACGCCCCCUUCUACACUGAAUAGUCCAAGUUACAGACGAAUGAUGUGUAGUCCCUCAGCAAUGAAGCUCUCGCCCAGUAGUCUUAUGGCUAUGAAAAGAAAUCAUCGAGGAGAGACUUUGCUCCAUAUUGCUUCAAUUAAGGGCGACAUACCUUCUGUUGAAUACCUCUUACAAAAUGGAAGUGACCCGAAUGUUAAAGACCAUGCUGGAUGGACACCAUUGCACGAAGCCUGCAAUCACGGGCACCUGAAGGUGGUGGAAUUGCUGCUCCAGCACAAGGCGUUGGUGAACACCACUGGGUAUCAGAACGACUCACCUCUUCACGACGCAGCCAAGAACGGGCAUGUGGAUAUAGUCAAGCUGUUACUCUCCUAUGGAGCCUCCAGGAACGCCGUUAACAUAUUUGGUCUGCGGCCUGUGGAUUAUACAGACAGUGAAAAUAUGAAAUCGCUGUUGCUGCUACCAGAGAAGAAUGAAUCAUCAUCAACUAGCCAUUGUUCAGUAGUAAACACUGGUCAGCGCAGGGAUGGGCCUCUUGUACUUAUAGGCAGUGGACUUUCUUCAGAACAACAGAAAAUGCUCAGUGAGCUUGCAGCAAUUCUUAAGGCUAAAAAAUGUGCUGAGUUUGACAGUACAGUAACUCACGUCAUUGUUCCUGGUGAUACAGUUCAAAGCACCCUGAAAUGUAUGCUUGGGAUUCUCAGUGGUUGCUGGAUCCUAAAAUUUGAAUGGGUGAAAGCAUGUCUACAAAGAAAAGAAUGUGAACAGGAAGAAAAGUAUGAAAUUCCUGAAGGACCACAUAGAAGCAGGCUCAACAGAGAACAGCUGUUGCCAAAGCUGUUUGAUGGAUGCUAUUUCUAUUUUGGGGGAACCUUCAAACACCAUCCAAAGGACAACCUUAUUAAGCUUGUCACUGCAGCUGGGGGACAGAUCCUCAGUAGAAAGCCCAAGCCAGACAGUGACGUGACUCAAACCAUCAAUACAGUCGCGUACCAUGCCAAACCUGAUUCUGAUCAGCACUUCUGCACACAGUAUAUCAUCUAUGAGGAUUUGUCUAAUCAUCGCCCAGAGAGAGUUAGGCAGGGCAAAGUCUGGAUGGCUCCUUCCAGCUGGUUUAUAGAUUGUGUGAUGUCCUUUGAGUUGCUCCCUCUUGACAGCUGAAUCCUAUAGCAGAUGUACAUUUCAAAUUGAACUUACGCAGUGUGAGAGCCCAGUGACUGCACUGUUUUGAUCAUUCACAUUUUUACAAAUAGGUAGACUCAUCCAUACAUUUUUUUUUCCCUUGAAUUAAAAAAAAACAAAUUGUUUGCCAGAUUAUGAAUUCAUUCUAUGUUUACCAUUUAGAUGCGGAGAUUGCUUUAAGGGAUUUUUCUUUUUAAAACUGGCAUAUGUGUUGAUUCAUCAUGUCCUUCUAUUCACAUUAUCAGCUGUCAGAGAUUAAUGAGGGGAUCAGAACUGUUGGUUAAACAUACAAGUGGUAUCACUAUGUCUCACCCUUUUAAUGUUCUUUGAUGAAAAAAAUCCACACCUGCCACCAGCAAAAAUACUUGCCUUCGUUUAGUAAGCAAAUAAUAUUGUCAAAUAAUUUAUUCUGGCUUUGUUAUAAUGAAAAUAGAUUACCUGGUCUAAAUGUGCCACCAUAGGUGUUAAAUUCUUCUCCUGUCUACAGUUGUAUUUAUUUUGCUACUUAUAAUUUACUUGUUCCUACAUUUUUGUUCCCUUUUUUAAAAAAAAUCUUGUCUCUUAAUCAGGAAAUC